AUGUUGAAUACAACAACGAGGUAUGCUCUUUCCAAAUUCCACUUCUCUUCGAGGUUAUAUUCUCAUUCCCCAACUUGUGGGUUUCGUAACAUUGAUGAUGCUGUCUCCUCUUUCGUUACCACUCUCGCUAAAUGUCAUCCUCCAUCCGUUAUUGAAUUUAACAAGAUUUUAGGGUCUAUUGUUAAGAUGAAAGAAUACCGAACUGCUAUUUCACUUUUUGCCCUUAUGGAGUCUAGGGGUUUGACACCAGAUGUUAAUAGUUAUAACAUUAUGAUUAAUGGAUAUUGCAAAAAUAAAAAGGUGGAUGAAGCUCUAACUCUCUUCAAAGAAAUGUGUCGCACAAAUUUAGUUCCUGAUACUAUAACAUACAAUUCUCUUAUCUAUGGCUUGUGCAAAUCUGGGAGAAUAACAUGUGUGCAAGAUAUUGUAAAUGAGAUGCAUGGAAAUGGUCAAGCCCUUAAUUUAAUUACUUACAGUAUGUUGUUGGAUGCUCUAUGCAAAGCACAACAUCUUGAUGAGGUAAUUGCAUUGUUUCAGAAAAUUUUUAACAAAGGAAUUCGUCCAGAUGUGUUUGCAUACAAUAGUCUUCUGAAUGUUUCGUGCAAAGGGGGAAGACUGAAGACUGAAGACUGA